AUGCCCCACCUGGCGGCCGCGCACGCCACACACCACACUCUGUCCCAGCAGCAACCUCGGUCAUCAUCAGGAGUGGAGCAAAACUCCCACAGGCCACCACCGGGGGGCGCCACCGCGUUCUCCCUGUCUCCUCAACGUCCGGGCGCCCAAUCCCCUUCCUCCGCCGUUGGGGGAAACUCCUCCCCCCUGGUAUUGACUCCACCCCGAGGGCGCAGUGCGGUGGCUGUGUCCGUUCUGAAGAGAAGCCCGCCUCCGGCGGCUGUGACCCCGCCCAGAAAGGCGGGACUGCGCAAAGUGAAGAAGGAAAAAGAGGAGGAGGAAGAGGAGAACGAUCUGGUGGAAGUUGAGGUGGUGAAGCCCAAAGAAGAGGCAGAGGCGGCUUUUCCCCACGUCUUUCAACACACGCCCAAGGAGAUGGAACGGCUGCCGAAAGAGGAUGAAAAUGAAGAGGAGGAGGAGACGAACGGUAUGAUGGAAGACGACAGUGGAGCGGAGGAUAAGGAGAAGGAGUUAUUGAGUUCGGGACGUCUCCACAUGCUGCCCCUCCUCUCCUCCCUGUCUUCCCUGGUCCUCUACCUCCGCAGGCUCCAGCACUCUGCCUUCCUCUCCCUGUCCCGCCAGCUCCAAUCCGCCGAGGCCUGGCGCCUCCUGUGCCACUCCUCCCUCGCCCUGCUCAUACUCUACAACCGUCGCCGCGAGUGCGAGGUCUCCAAACUGGCCAUAGCCGAAUACCGCUCCCGUGUCACCCCCCAGUGCCCCGUGCCAGUGCCCCCCGGCGCCCCGCCCGCCCUCACACCCCUGGAGGCAUCGCUUUCGCCCUUUGAGCGUCUCGUGCUUCCACAUUUGCCUCGAGUAGGUGUCCAGGGCAAACGAGGAAGAGUCCAGCCUCUUAUCCUGCCACCACACUGCGAGCCAUGUCUGGAACUCCUCCUCCAGACCAGGCAAGAUGUCGGCGUCGAUCCCCAGAACCCGUACGUCUUCGCCCGGCCGUACCACUCCCCAGCCACCCCCCUCCGUGGCACCGACCUCCUCCGGAGCCUGGCCCGCUCCAGUGGCACCCGGAACCCCCGCGCCCUCACCCAGACCCGAGUCCGGCGCCAGGUCGCCAUCUUGACGCAGUUGCUAUUGCUCGGUGAGGGGGAGGAGCCAGGAGAGCCGGGUGGGAACGCCGUAGAGCGCCUGGAACACUUCCUGGAGCGUGAGUACCACGUGACGCAGAGCUGUGGCGGGAUUGGCCAGGACCCAGGGCUGAUGGGUAGAGUGGGGCGCGUGGUACUGUGCGGGGAGAGAGACGGCGUGCUGUUCCGGGGGAUGAGCCUCCACCACAUCUGUCUGGAGCUUGACGUGAUGUCAGGCAACUCGGCCGACUCGUACUCGGAGGGCGACUCUGACGGCGAGGGGCGGAAGGAGAAGGGCGAGGUGGCCCCUCCCAGCCUGCUGAUGGUGCGGAAGGGCAGGACCAACAGCAGGACGCCGCGUGCCAGGAAACUCAAGGUCACGCCCUCCUCCACAUCGCCCCUCUCCCCCUCGCUCCCAGGCCGCAGAAGAGGCUCAGGUGGGCCCAAAUCAGGAAAACGCGGCGUCCUCAAGCGCCCGUGGUCGGACGCAGAGCGCGCCGCUGUGGAGGAGCACCUGACCUGCAACAUCGCCGAGCUGCGCGUGCCUGCCAAGGCCGACUGCGAGCGCUGCCUGCAGAGCUGCCCGCUGCUGGUCACCAACCGGCGCGACUGGCGGGCCAUCAAAUUCUACUGUCACAACCGCAUCCAGCUGCUUAAGAAGAACCAGCGGCGUGAGGACGACGGGACACCCAUCAUGGUGUGCUGAGAAGACUGACGGAGAGACUGAGAGAUUGAUGGACAGACACAACAUUAGCUCCACAGUAUCCACAAUAGCGUGCUACUUGGAAUGAAGGAAGCCAAAACAGAGGCGUGGUCAACUCCGUAACGUUACAGCAGUGGCUGUCAACUCUAAUAUUUUUUUCCGCUGAUGGUCCAAAAACAAGAGUUGAUGCUUAAGGAAGCAAUGUAGUGGGCGUGUCUUUGAAGUGGUACGCUAAUGUGGGUAUUGGAAUGUAGCCUAUAUCUCUCAUUAUGCAGGUUUCCAUCCAACCUUUUUAUGUAGUAAAGUACGGGUCAAUGUUGGGUCAAAAAUGUAGUGACAGGCCUGAUGGAAACAACAUUUUUCGGUACACUUUCCAAAUGUCAACAAAACGAAAUACGCUAGACAAGGUGGGAUAAUUUGUGUCGGUAAAAUGAAGUAUGCGAGAAAUGUCGGUGGAACUAUUGAUGUAAUAACCAUCAUAUCGAAGUAAACUUGGGGUCGCGCGAUGACAUGUGUGGCCCUCCCACUACGGCGCGUCAGGAAAGCAUGCAGUUUAUUAGGCUACAGAUUAAAUGCAUUGGGUUGAACUUCACAGGGUGGUGAUGAGCUUGAUGCUCCUGUUUAAUAAAUAUCAAGGGUCUUAUUUUGGUGAUCAUCGAUGCGUGGCAGCCGUUUGACAAAUAAAGAAAACCCGCUCUUUUGGCCAUAAUAAUCUCAUGUAGCCUAUACGUGUGUUCUAGCCAACAGCGCGCACGUGCCCUUACCAGACUCGCUAUAUAACAGAACAGUUUUUUGUGGGGAAAACCAUCUGUAGAGUUGAAGAUGUGAUGGAAACCCAUUUAACUUAUUAUUUUUAUUUGGUACAUGGGAAUUUAACAGCAAAAGGUAUUUGUAUGUGCACUACAUCAUCACGCACAGUCAAUUUGAUGGAAAAUCUCUGGUGGGAAAAUGCACCAAUUUUUUUUUUUUUUUUGUGCGGAUUUGAGAAUAUCUGUCACCAAAUGGAUGGAAACCUAGCUAGUGAUACCCUUAUAUAUUGUCCUCGGAGACAAAAAGAGGGAGCGACUGGGGGAGUGAGAGAAGGAGUGACUGUGUAGGAGUGACAACAGCCUGUGUUGUGUAUGUGGAUAUUUUAAUUUAGUUUUCGCUUAAAAACGAGACGAACAAUGUUCAGAACGCACCACAGAUUGUUGUAUUUAGAUUUUCUUUGGACUCCGGUGUUUUUGACUCAAGUGUUGUAUGGACGUUUCUGAACACACUCAAGUUAACACUAUUAGGGUUUGAGGCUGUAGUGUGUGUGUGUGUUUCCAGUGCUGAGAAGAUGUUAUAGGGUCUCCAACACCCAGUCCUGGAGAGUGCAUGCUUUAGUUCCAGUGCUAACUCACCCGAUGAAACUACACCUGACUGAAAGACCAUGGCUAGAUCAUUAUUUAAAACGGGUGUGUUAAUAGCGCUGAGCCGGAGCAAAAGAGAGCCCCUGGGUUAGACUGAAGGGGGGGGGGGAGGAAACACCACCAUCAGUGUGUUGUAAAUGUUCUUUUUGGACUACCUAAGACACUGUAUAGUCAGUUUGGGGCUUUUCCCCGCUCCCUCCUUCAAAAUGAACACUACAAGACAGCAGUUGAACACUGCUUUGCCUAAAAUACACCAAGUAUAUUCUUGUUGUUGGCAUCUUUCUUUUAUUUUGUGCCUGUUGCACGUGUUUUCUUAAAAGCGCUUUGAAAAGGUGCAUUAGGCCGUCGGGCCAGUCUUCUGCGACGAGCAGAGUUCUGUAUUUAACUUGGCUGUGUUCUUCAAAGUGAUUUUUGGGGGGCAAUCUUUCAGAAGAGUGGGCAUAGCUGAAUACUAUGCCACGCUAUGGUUAUUUUUUUACAUGCAGUGUUGUUGCGUCAUUUGUGUUGAUUGUUUUGCCUUUUCAGUGUAGCUCCAGUCUUUUUUCAGCAACUCUGGUUUCUAUCGUUCACUGCUGUUAGAUGAUGAGCUGCUUGUAGCUCUAGUCCAGGGUGUUAGUGUGGCUUGCUAACGCUUAGGCUGGCAUUCAAUCCGAUCAGUGGUAGAUUUGCAUUAUAGCGCGCUUGACAUUUUUAAAAGUCAUUUCCGAUUAAGCCGACAUAUACAGAGUUUGCGGAAACAUUGCCUUUAAAAGGGGCAUAGCUGACAAAGUGCGGUCGGGUGGAAACCCGGGUUGAGCCUUCACAGCUUUAGCUAGUCGCACUAACGCCCUGGACCAGAGCUAGACUUCUUUGUAGGUCUGCCGGAGCCCCAAGUAAACCCAGCAUUUUGUCUUAUUGGAUUAAAACCGCACAACACCUCUUGAUAGAUAUAAUCUUAAAUUGUUUCAUGCUAUCAUUUUGCCAGUUUCGGUGUACAUAAAAAAAUAUGAUCAUUACGUAAACUUUUUUUGUGCUGUCCGUAGUUUAUUUGUUCAUUUGCGAGUUGGUAUUGUACAUAGGUCUAUGGUUUUGUAAAUAUUCACAGAAAUGCAUAAAGGGGAAAAAAACUA